AUGAAGGGCUGUAUACAGUGUUUAAGAGUCAUACUAGUGGUUUUCAACUUCCUGGUUGUGCUUAUUGGAUUGGCAGUUUUGGGCUUUUCUGUUUACAUCUACCUGGAACCAGAGGCGCAGGACAUCAUACUUGCGUCGGGACAGCAACAUGCGGUACAAAUCAUGUUAUAUGCUCUUAUGGGUAUCGGUGGAAUUACUUUAGUAAUAGCGCUGUUUGGCUGUUGUGGUGCUUACCAUGAAUCGCAGUGUCUUUUGGGAACAUAUUUCACUAUCCUUAUAGUGAUCUUUGCAACUCAAGUAACAGGAGCCACAUUGGGUUAUUUAUACCGAGAGGAGAUUAUGAAAUAUGUCGAUGAUCGUAUGAGAGAAGGUAUUGAAGAGUAUUCAAUGCUACGUGAUCAACGUGAAAAUCCCGUACCGUUUAUGGAUUCAAUCCAACGUAUGUUGCGCUGUUGUGGUGUCAAUGGUUACGAAGAUUACCGUGAAAGUAUACCCAUAGCAUGUUGUGAUCACCAUGUAAGCACAUGUCUAAAUGCAUUACUGUCACCCGAAGAAGUUUAUAAAGAAGGUUGCAAAGAUAAAUAUAAAGUAAUGUUGAAAGAUAAAUUGGUCAUUAUAUUCCUUGCAACUGUUUCUAUUGCAGCUUUUGAAAUAUUUUGUCUUCUCUUUUCAAUGGUUAUGUGUUGCACAAUUCGACAAUAUCAUUCAGAUUAUUAUGGAGUCAAUUAUUCAAUUGCUACUUGAUCAACGGAGUACUGUUUUUUUCUUCUAAUUAGUGUUAUUUUUUAUCUAAUAUAACACCAGGUACUUUUCGAUUAUUUUUAUGUUUUGUUGUUUUCCAAUCCAACCUUUUUGCUUUCGUUGCUUGUUAUUCUUACUGUCAUUUUUAAAAAAAUUGUUUCUUUGGUGAUUCAAUACCAACUUUUCAUUUUUCUUUAUCCCUUUAUUUCAAUCGUGGAAAAUUGAAGUUCGUAUUUAUGCGAUCCAUUAUCCUGGUAAUACUCUGUGUUAAUCUAUCUAGAAAAAUCACAAAGAAACAUCGAACUUCUUUCUGGUCUAUGCGGAUGAAUGUAAUUCUGAUGGUACUAUUUUGUCAUUUUCUAAUUUAUGGAAUUAGUAUACAUUAAACGUUAUAUCAUUGUCAUUUAUAAUGGUCAUUUCAGCUAUCCUCUCCGCUUACAUAAUAACCAUCAUUAAAUUUUGUUUUGAGAACAAAAUAAUAUUUCAAUAAAUUUC